AAUCAUGAUUAAAAUCUUAGGUCUAAUUUAGUUAAUAUGAAGAAAUUAUCUUCAACUAUUGAUAUGAAAGUUAAUUAUAAUCAUAAUCAUCACCAACGCCUUUUAUAGUCAGUAACUUGUUGACAGUUAAUUGCAGUUGAGUGAAGGCUCUUGACAAUUUAAUACCAUUAAAUGUUUUAGUUAAUUUUGUUUCAAUUUGAGUAAAUCUUUUCAAGAGUGACCAUCAGCCUAAUCAUGUCCAUUAUAGUUGACUAUCUCGAUGAAUAUUGUGGUCAACCAUUUUGGGAUGAAAACCUGACUUGGAAUACAACCAAACCGAUCUUGACCCCUUGUUUCUUGUCCACUGCUCUCACUUGGCCACCAUGUAUAUUCAUUUGGAUCUGUGGUUUAAUCUCAUUCUGUUUCUAUUCCCGUUUAUCAACGGUCAAGACUCCAUGGACCUGGUUAAUUGUUACAAAAAUGCUUCUAAUUUGCAUUCUAAUUGCCACUAAUCUUGCGGAGAUGAUCCAUCAAUUGAAUUCAAUGGAAAAUGGACUUGAUUUAUAUUAUCAAACACCGUUGAUCAAAGCGAUAACUUUUUUUUUUGCUCUCAUUCUGCAAACCACUUACUUCCGUAAGGGUGUUCGUACCUCGGGGAUACUUUUCGUCUUCUGGUCAUUGAUGACAUUUCAAGUAGUUCUAAGUUGCUGGACUACGAUUGUCACUCUACAGAAUCCUGAGGAUAAAUAUUGGACAAUCAGUAAAAUGACUUUAAUUUGCCAAUCGAUUGAAACUCUGACAAUUAUUUCCUAUUUGAUUGCUAUUUGUUUCGCUGACAAACAGAGGGGAAAAUACAAUGAAGAUCCAAAGAAAAUUUGCCCGUUCACUGAGUCGUCGUUUUUUUCGCAAAUGUUUUUCUCUUGGUACGAUUCUAUGGCCUAUCUUGGUUAUAAAAAGUCAUUAACACUGGACGAUAUGUGGAAUCUACCAAAGGUUAACAGAUCAAGAGAAAUUUUCGCAAAAUUCCGACACAAUCUAAAUUCAUCUAAGAAUUGCAUUCAGACAUCAGAAUCACCUCAGAAAAACAAUACAAAUGAUUCUUUGGCACUUCAACCAUUGAAGAAAGUUCAAUCAGCACCUAAGUCAGAUUAUUCUGUCUUAUAUAAUCCAAAAUUUGACAUUCUAACGACAUUGAUAGGAGGAUUCUGGUUCCAUUUAGUUGCCUGUUCGGUGCUAAAGUUAAUCUCCUCAUUCCUAACCUUUGCUAAUCCAUCACUUCUCGAUCAACUAUUGACCUUUGUUAAAAGUUCUGACCCUGCAUGGCAAGGUUAUCUUAUUGCUGUGGCGAUGUUUGCUUUCUCACUUUUACAGUCACUGAUUGAUGGUCAGUAUGAAUUUUGGAUUAGUAAUUUAGGCUUGAGAAUGAAAUCAGCGAUGGUCAGCACAAUCUAUCAAAAGAGUUUAAAGUUGUCAAGUCAAGGUCGAAAAGCAUUUACAACUGGGGAGAUUGUCAACUUGAUGGGUGUCGACACCAACAGAGUUUUCAUGUUCAUCAAUCAAUACAAUUUUAUGCUCUCAUUUCCCGUUCAAUUGGGAAUGUCACUGAAACUCUUGUGGAAUCAGUUGGGAGUUUCAUCGGUUGGUGGAUUGAUAUUUAUGCUUCUGUUGAUUCCUUUCAAUGCCUGGUCAGCGAUGAAGAUGAAAAACAUUCAGCAGAAUGUGAUGAAACAGAAAGAUAGACGAACUAAAACUAUGAACGAAAUUCUGAGCGGAAUGAAAGUUCUGAAACUCUACGCAUGGGAAUUGGCAUUUGGUGACUUCAUCAAGGAGGCUCGAGCAGCCGAGAUCAAGGCUCUCAAAACUCAGGCCAUUUUCGGAGCUUGUACAAGUUUCCUUUUCUUUUCUGCGCCUUUUUUUGUUGCACUGAUCAGUUUCGCGACUUUUGUACUAACUGAUCCAUCCCACGUUCUAGAUGCUAACAAGGCUUUCGUUUCGUUGACAUUGUUCAAUAUACUCAGUCAAUCAUUGACCAUGUUACCUCGAGUUAUAACAACUGGUGCUAAUUGUUGGGUCUCAAUUAAACGUAUCAAUAAGUAUCUUCAAGGAGAAGAGAUUGAUUUAUCUCAAGUAAAUCAUGACGGUGAUACCAAUUUUCCUGUUUCACUUAGCUCUGCAUCUUUUACCUGGUCAGCUACUGAUAGUCCAGUUUUACGAGAUAUCGAUUGUUCAAUACCAAAAGGAUCUUUAGUCGCCAUUGUUGGUCCAAUCGGAAGUGGAAAAUCAUCUUUACUUUCUGCUCUUCUUGGAGAUUUAUUCAAAAUAUCCGGAGAAGUUAAUCUAACGGGUUCUUUGGCUUAUGUACCUCAAACAGCGUGGAUUCAAAAUGAGACACUCAAAAGAAACAUUAUCUUCGGUCAGCCAUUGAAUCAAAGUAAAUACGAUAAAGUAAUUGAAGCUUGUGCAUUGACACCAGAUCUUAAGAUUUUGCCUGGAGGUGAUAGUACCGAGAUCGGUGAAAGAGGAAUCAAUUUAUCUGGUGGACAAAAGCAAAGAGUUAGUUUGGCUCGUAGUGUUUACGCUGAUUCUGACAUCUAUUUGAUGGACGAUCCUUUAAGUGCUGUCGAUGCUCAUGUAGCCAAACAUUUGUUCACUCAUGUCAUCGGCCCAAAGGGAAUCUUAAAGGAUAAAACUAGAAUAUUGGUAACACAUCGAUUGACAUUCUUACCUCAAGUUGAUGAGAUCAUUGUUCUUAAAGAUGGAGGUAUUCAAGAGAAAGGAACAUAUUCAGAGCUUAUUUCGAAAAAAGGAGAAUUCGCCGAUUUCGUUGUUCAAUAUCUGACAGAAAGUGAGCUUGAUGGUGAAGAAGAGGUUGAUGAUGAAGAUCAACAAGUAUUGGAGAAGAUUAAAGAAUCAGUCAAACCAGAACUUGAGAAGCGUUUAUCUCAAGCGAUAUCCGAAUCUAGUGAAGGUGAUGGAUCUAAACCAGGACGAAGACGAACAUUAACUUCCAGUCUAAGCAAACGAUCAAUUAUAUCUAAUGGUUUCGAUAAAUCAGACGAAAAUAAGGAUAAAAAGAGUAAAAAAGAUCUUGUUGUUCAGGGCAAAGAAAUUCCUCCAGGCGGUGGAAUUGAUCGAUCGAAGCUGAUUGUAAGAGAAAAAGCGGCCGUUGGGUCGGUAAAAGGAAGCGUUUACAUAGAUUAUCUCAGAGCUGUUGGUUUCGGCAUGUGCGGCAUAAUAGUCGCGUGUUUCGGCCUCUCCCAACUAUUAACUGUUAGUCGUAAUCUUUGGUUAACUGCUUGGGCCGACGAUUCUCUCGAUUCCGCUAAUCUCAAUGAUACUCAUCUUCGUAAUUUACGUUUAGGCAUUUACGCGGGAAUCGGGGGUUUGGAGACAAUAUUCACAAUGGCCAACAGUUUACUCUUAAAUGUUGCCGUUCUAACGGGAUCCAAAUUGAUUCACGAUCGUAUGCUUGAUAGGAUCAUUCGAGCUCCAAUGUCCUUUUAUGAUACAACACCUUUAGGCCGAAUCUUGAAUCGUUUCUCUGGUGAUAUUGAUACUUGUGAUUCAACGAUUGGUUUCAAUUUACGAAUGUUAAUUUCUCUCGCUUUUCGAGGAACCGUUUCAAUUGUGGUCAUUUGUCUUGAAACACCUUAUUUUCUUGUGGUCAUUAUUGUCAUGACGGGAAUCUACUCACUUAUUCAAAUGUUUUAUAUCGCCAGUUCUCGGCAACUUCGUCGAAUCGAAUCUUCAUCUCGAUCACCUGUUUUCUCUCAUUUCUCUGAAACAAUUACUGGAUCAUCGACAAUUCGUGCUUAUAAUGCCGAGCAAAGAUUUUUUGAUGAUUGUUUCAAUCGUGUCGAUAAAAAUCAAUCUUGUUCAUUUGCAAAUAUGGCCGCUGGUCGUUGGUUGUCCAUUCGACUUCAAUUCUUAGGUAAUUUGAUCGUUUUUACAUCGGCUGUUUUUGCCGUCUCUUCGAGAUCUCGACUUAGUCCAGGGCUCACUGGUCUUUUUGUGAGCUAUGCAUCACAAAUUACUGGUAUUCUCAACAUGUUGGUUCGAUCAGUGACCGAUGUAGAAAUUAAUAUCGUCGCAGUUGAACGUUGUCUUGAAUAUACGAAAACGGAACAAGAAGCUCCUGACAUAAUUGAGUCUAAUCGACCUCAACCGAAUUGGCCUGACAAAGGAGAGGUCAUUUUCAGAGACUAUAAUACAAGAUAUCGAGACGAUCUUGAUCCUGUAUUGGUAAAUAUUUCUCUGACCAUAAAUCCAAACGAAAAGAUUGGUAUCGUUGGACGAACCGGUGCUGGAAAAUCAUCUCUGACUUUAGCAGUUUUCAGACUAAUCGAAUCGAUUUCAGGUCAAAUUAUAAUCGAUAAUAUGGACAUUUCCAAACUUGGACUACAUGAUCUGCGCUCCCGAAUAACUGUUAUCCCUCAGGAUCCAGUUCUUUUCUCUGGUAACUUUAGAAGAAACUUCGACCCAUUGGAGCAACACACUGAUGUGGAGAUUUGGAACGCACUUGAACAAGCUCAUUUGAAGAAAUUCGUUUCGAGCUUGGAGACUGGUUUAGACUAUGAAAUUGUCGAAGGAGGUGAAAAUCUAAGUGUUGGCCAAAGACAAUUGGUCUGUUUAACUCGAGCGCUACUUCGUAAGACAAAGAUUUUGGUUCUCGAUGAAGCGACCGCCGCUGUAGAUGUAGAAACUGAUGAACUUAUUCAGAAAACAAUCAGAACUGAAUUUGCUGAUUGUACAAUUAUCACAAUCGCUCAUCGACUAAACACCAUCAUGGAUUAUGAUAGAAUUCUAGUUCUUGAUCAAGGAAAGAUAAAGGAAUUCGAUUCUCCAAGUAAUCUACUUGCUAAUGAUAAAUCAGUUUUCUAUUCGAUGGUCAAAGAAUCAAAUUUACUUAAUCAACAAACAACCGGUUGAAAUUAAAACACUAAAUUUAUGUAGAAAUCAAUAAAAAAAACUAUCCAUAAACCAAUUGACAAAAUACUGAAGCAAAUUUCAGAAAAUUAAA